AUGGCAACAUACGACUCAAUACAUCGCCAGUGUCGCACGCUCGAAUCCCUCUUCGAUACGAAGCUUACCUCUUACUCUCGGCUCGCCUCGACAAUAUCCCGUUCGCAGGAAGAUGUGGAAUCCAGCGGGUCCAGUGCGCGAUGGAAAGAUAUGGAAACAGAGGUGGAAGAGCUGUUGGAGAAACUCGGCGAAGCGAACGACCAGCUCUCAGCGUUGUCGGGCGACAAGGAAAAUCCUCCAUCACAGUCGAUGCUACGAGCUAUUCAGCGACAUCGUGACGUGUAUCAGGACUACGUGCGCGAGUUCCGAAGGACAAAGACGAAUGUGCAGACGGCGUUGGAUCAAGCGAACCUCUUGGCAGGCGUGCGCAAUGACAUUGAUGCAUACAAGUCCUCGGCAGCAGACUCACUCCUUGCAGAACGCGGCCGAAUCGACACAUCGCAUCGCAUGGUCGAUGAGACAUUAGAGCAAGCAUAUGAGACGCGCUCUGAAUUCGCGCGACAGCGAACCUCGCUAGGUUCGAUUCAGACACGCAUGACCGGCGUCCUCAAUACGAUUCCCGGCAUCAACAAUAUCCUCUCGAUGAUACACAAGCGACGGCGACGCGACUCAUUCAUCGUUGGCGGUCUAAUCGGCGUAUGCAUAUUCUUCUUGUUGACAUAUCUCUUCCGGUAG